AUGACGGGGUUAGAAUGUGUCUGUCUGUCUCACACAGGCACGGAUGAGGAUCAGAUCCUGGUGACCGUCUCCAAUCUGUCCAAUGAGCAGAGGCAGGAAGUAGCCACCGCAUUCAAGCAGGCGUACGGAAAGGAUCUAAUCGACAACCUGAAGUCGGAACUCGGCGGAGACUUUGAGGAGGUGGUUGUAGCUGCCAUGACGCACCCGCGCGUGUACGACGCUCGUGAGAUACACAACGCCAUUGCAGGUGCAGGGACGGACGAAACAGCGAUCGUAGAAAUCAUGUGUACAAGAGACAAUGACGAAAUAAACGAAAUAAAAGAGAUUUACAAAAAAGAGUUCGGGAAUGAUCUGGAGAGCGACCUGAGCGGCGACACCAGCGGCUACUUCCAGAGGAUGUUUGUGUCACUGUGUGCUGGGGGCAGGGAGGAGGACGACGACGUCGACGAAGAUAAGGCGGAGGAAGAUGCUCAAAAGUUGCAUAAUGCAGGCGAGGGCUGCUGGGGGACUGAGGAGGCCGAGUUUAACGCUGUGUUGUGUCUGAGGAGCCCCGCCCAGAUCCGGGCAACUAUUGAGAAGUAUGAGGAUCUUCACGGCUCCAGCAUGGAGGACGCUAUCAGGAGCGAGUGUGGAGGGGACCUACAGAACGGAUUCCUGUCUAUAGUCGAAGCUGCGAAGAACACACCCGCCUACUUCGCUCGUAGAGCACACGACGCAAUGUCCGGACUUGGAACAAGCGACACUGACCUGAUCCGAGUGAUCGUCUCUAGAAGUGAGGUAGACCUGGAGGAGGUGAAGGAGGCCUACCAGGACAUGUACGAGACGUCCCUGUCCGAGGCCGUGGCCAGCGAGUGUGGAGGAGACUACAAGAAGAUGCUGGUGAACCUCAUUGACCCCCAGUAUUGACCUGCUCCUCCGUCCUGCUGCUGUGUGUCUUCUUCUCAAGACUGACUGUUUCAUAGGCUUUGGAUAGCAUCCACAUCUCUAAACCCACUUUGACUGAUUGGCGUACCGUUUAACAGGUGAUCAACCCGAAUUUCCCCUGGACUUCAAUUCCUGAAAACUAAUUCUGGUCCUGAUACAUCAGACAUUAAUCUGGUUUCAGGGUCAUCCCUUCGGGCCUCGCUGCAGAAGGAUCUGGAAGAAAACGGUAAACUGACACAGUCAACCACACUCUGAUCCACGUUAAACUGAUCUACCUGACGUUGACUAUUGUCUGUUUGCAGCACCCCAAAUGUUCUGUCUCGAUGUUCACUCAGAAACUAACGUACUGUUUCACUUGCUUCAUUCGCAGCGGUUAAUGGGGUUUAAAACCACGUGUCCUUAAUUUGAACAGCAGCUGGCUGUGUUCGGGUGACACAAUUUUGUUAUCUUGAACAUUUGAAUUCUUCACCUGCUUCGCAUCAUAGGUACAUCGACCAUGACCGAUUGGUCAGAAAACAUCAGCAAAGUAAUGACGUCAGCGUUCAGGUCGAACACGCGUGGCAACCUCUCUGGAGGUUAUGGUCCUUCACGUCAAAGUCAUGUUAAAGUCAGAGUGGCUGCCACAUCGUCGUGGUCCAACAGAAAUGGCAUAAAAUCGCCCGGGUAUAGAAUUUAGAAUUUGAGGUCACGGUGAAGGGUCCAUUGGUCGGACGAAAGUUCACGACUGAUGGUCCAGCUCGUGUUUGGUGCCGAA